UUGUGCGAGGAAAAGUGUCAUCCGUUCGUUCACUUUCUCCAUUGGAUGCAGCCAGGGGAAAAGUGCAUCCCGAUACUGAUCCGUUGGUGUUUUGCAAAACUAUUGGUGUUGACAGUGCGGUGUUGAGGGUGACUGAAAAGAGCUUGUUUUGGGUGGUUGGAAAUAAGAAACAAGACGUGAUAUUAUACUCGACAGCUCGCCAGAACCAGAAUCGAAAGUUAAUAGAACACCAAAAAAAAAUCACAGCAUAGCCACCAUUUGCUUCACCACCUAGUCUAGUGUAGUGCCGUAUCGGUGUUUUAGUGUCGAUAGGGGAAACACGGGACACGCUCAGCAAAGGAGAAGAAGGAAAACAACGCUAGACUCUCGCUCUUAGUGCCAAUAAUGACCACUUUAUCACAUCCCUUCAAAGACAGUCCGGAGCCGCUGGAAGUGCCCAAAGAGCAUGCCGCCAACGUGAACACGCUGUACGAAUGGAUGAAGGAUCAGCCACGCUUUCCUAGCUUUUCGAAAAAUCAUGCUCACCUGUUCCUGCACGCCUGCCUCUGGAACUUGGACGACGCAAAGAAGGCGCUCCAGAAGUAUGCACAGAUUCAUGCCAACUCGCCGGAAAUAUUCGACAACCGAGAUAUUAUGGGAGCGGGUGUGCAGAUGACACUGAACGCCACACAUAUGGUGGCCCUGCCACGGACAACACCGGAAGGCUAUCGGUUGCUGUACUACCGCCUGUCCGAUACCGACCCGUCCAAGAUGAACUUUACCGAGGCGGUGAAAUCGUUCUGCAUGUUUAACGACGCUCAGAUCAGCGUGGACGGCAUCAUGGAGGGUUACAUCGUCAUUUUCGACAUGAAGGGCGUCCGGUUGGGACAUCUGGCCCGCGUACAGUUCGGUCCGUUGCGUGUGUUCAUGAACUACAUCCAGGACGCACAUCCGGUCCGGUUGAAGAAGAUCUACAUCGUCCAUACCGCUUCGUUCAUCAAUCAAGUGAUGGCACUGGUGAAACCGUUGAUCAAGUCGGAACUGCUUGGGCUGCUGCAGUUCACGACGGCUGGACCGGAAGAAAUAGUCGGAGUCGAUUACUUGCCAAAGGACUUUGGAGGACCGUUCGACGAGGUAGCCACAAUGCAUGCGGAGCAGAAAAAGCGCCUGGAAACGGAGUUCCGCGACUGGUUGAUGGAUUCCGGCGCGCUGAAGGAAGCUCCCAAGCAGAAAAAUGGUAGCGCCAACCAGAUUAAACCACCGGUGAAAGCGUUUCGGGGGUUGGAGAUCGACUAGGGCCGCACCGGUCGGCCGCAAACGCCAGGACGAACCGUUUCGUGAUAUUAUUCGGUUGUAGUGGAUUCACCAGACAGGGGAGGGAAACAUGUUGUGUUGUGUUAGCUAGAGGGACACUAACUCGUCGGGUCGGAACCUUCCGUCUGGAUCCGUGUAUGGUUUUUUUGUGUUGUUGCAAAUAUCAAAGCGUUUGUUAUUUUAAUCCCUAGUCGUAAGGUCGGUUUGAAUGUUUUUAUUUUUCUUCUCUCUCCUAUCCCUUAAUGUAUCUCCGUGUGCCUGUUUGAAGUGUCGCGAAAGCAACCACGUUCUAGUUGGAAUUUUGUAAAUAAAGACAACGAAGCAAGAACAUCCGGUCGGGGUUUUGCGAACGAGA